AUGCUUACAGCAGCACUAUCGUCUCCAACAACCUCACGUCAAAUAAGGUCAUCGACAGCCACUGAAGAGAACAAUAACACAUUCCGCUCAUCAACAGUUACAACGAGCAACAACAACAACAACAACAACAAUAGCAGCAGCAGCAGCAAUCACAAUGACAGUGCCAGAACUAAUAGUGAGAAUUGCAUCUCAGAAACAAACGAAGAUUCACCAACACCACACAUUCGCAUUGUUCCACAUUUGGAUUCCCCACGGUCACUCGUCUUCAGUGUGAUUGAACGGGAUGUGCGGGGAGACACCGUCCUGAAAAUCGGACGGUUCACAGAGCGAUUCUUAUCACCGAACCGGAUUACGUUUAGAAGCAAGGUGGUAAGCCGAGGUCACGCUGAAAUAUGGACUGAAGGCGGCAAGUUCUUUAUUCGCGACACACGCUCGUCGUCUGGAACCUUUCUCAACCAUGUCCGGUUAAGCGCACCCAACCAAGAGUCAAGGCCCUUCCAGCUCAAGGAUGGCGACGUUGUCCAGUUAGGCGUGGACUAUCAGGGCGGAACAGAAGAGAUAUAUCGAGCCGUCAAAAUGCGUCUUGAACUGAACCGAACCUGGCAGCAUCAAACAAACACGUUUAGCUUGAAUACGUUUCAGUCUUUGCGCAACUUGACUACGCCGCCAAACAACGUCAGUGUACUUGAUGCAGCCAUGGGUAAUGCUGGUGGAGUAACAGCAGCAGCAACAGCAACGGGAGAUUUGGCGGAUCGCGAAAAUAUACAUAUCGAAGACUGCUGCAUUUGUCUUUAUGCAAUUGCGCCGUUCCAAGCCUUAUUUGUCGCACCCUGUUCGCACACUUUCCACUUCAAAUGCUGCCGACCACUAUUGCAGAGCUAUCCCGGUUUCCUAUGUCCACUUUGUAGAAGCUAUGCUGAUCUCGAUGCAAGCGUGGCAGUAGAGGCUACUGAGGUACUCGAAAUGUUGAAAAAGCGAGCACAAGAAGAACAAACUACUACCACUGAAGGUGAACCAUCCACUUCGUCGCUGCCGCAGGAAUCGAAAAGCGCUGAAUGUGCCUCCACCUCAGAAGAGAACACUGUUACUACUACUGCUACUGCUACUGCUACAACUACUGCAGCUGCCGUUGCCGCUACUGCAUCCACGUCGUCUUCGUGA